CCGGAGCCCCGGGGCGGAGCGGGGCGGAGCGGGCGGCAAACGCAGCACUUUCCGCCGCUCUGACUAGCCCGUGGCCGCCCGCAGCAGCGCAGAGCCUGGCAGACAGCGCGCCAUGCAGGAAACGCCGCUGCCCGCGGAGCCGUGCCCCAGCCUCGUGCCUGCCUUCCUGGGCAAGCUGUGGGCACUGGUGGGAGACCCGGCCACCGACCACCUGAUCCGCUGGAGCCCGAGCGGGACCAGUUUCCUGGUGGGCGACCAGAACCGCUUCGCCAAGGAAGUGCUGCCCCAGUACUUCAAGCACAGCAACAUGGCAAGCUUCGUGCGGCAGCUCAACAUGUACGGCUUCCGGAAGGUGGUGAGCCUGGAGCAGGGUGGCCUGCUUAGGCCCGAGCGUGACCACGUCGAGUUCCAGCACCCCAGCUUCCUGCGCGGCCGCGAGCAGCUCCUGGAACGCGUGCGGCGCAAGGUGCCUGCGUUGCGCGCUGAGGAUCGCUGGCGCCCCGGGGACCUGGGCCGGCUGCUGGGCGAGGUGCAGGCCCUUCGGGGCGUGCAAGAGAGCACGGAGGCGCGGCUGCGGGAGCUCAGGCAGCAGAGCGAGAUCCUGUGGCGGGAGAUGUUGGCGCUGCGGCAGAGCCAAGGGCGGCAGCAGCGGGUGAUGGCCAAGCUGAUUCAGUGCCUCAUUGGGCCCCUUCAGGGGGGCUCCACCAGCAUCGCAGGAGCAAAGAGGAAGCUGUCCCUGAUGCUAGAGGAAGGCAGCCCAACACCCACCAAGUUCAGCGCCUCCCCCCUACCUGGGGACCAGCAGGAGCCCUGCUUUCUCCACUCGCCUCUCCCAGAGACCACACUGGGCCCCAUCAUCUCUGACAUCCCAGAGGCCUCACUCUCCCCGGAAGGGACCCGGCUUUCUCCUUCCAGUGGUGUUAGGAGGGAGACAGGCCUGGCAUUGCUCAAAGAAGAGCCAGCCAGCCCUGGGGGGUCCAGUGAGGCUGGGCCAGCCACGGCCACUUCUGAGUGUGACUUCAGUGUGCCAGGGCCCCCGCGGCUGCCUGUGGCCAUGGUGCAGGCCAUUCUGGAAGGGAAAGGGAGCUUCUGUCCCGAGGGGCUCAGCAGCACCCACCGGCCUGAGCCCAGAGGUCCCAGGGAAGCAGCUGACAGGCGGUCUCUGGGCCCAGAGAGGCGCGGCCACAGCUCAGAGAGUCUGCUGCCUGCAAUGCUGCUGCCAGGACCCCCUGAAAGUGUGGAGCUGGCAGGCCCCCUUGACGCACCACUGGGCAGCAGCCUGCAGGGGCGUGAGUGGAGCCUGCCAGACUUGGAGAUGGAGCUAUCCCUGCCAGCAUUGCCGCACUUGGGUCACCACGCCUGCUGGACGCCCAGUCGGCUUUGGGAAGCCCACUCCUCGGCCUGCCCGGAGCUUUAGCCCUGUGCCACCGCCCGGAGAGCCAGGCGGAGUCCUACUUGGGCUCCGGUGCCAACCCCUCAGGCUGAGACCAGCUCCAGGGGGCACACCAGCUGCCGCCCCCACCUCGGUUUUCUGGCGCCCC